AGUAACCAGCGGGCGGCUUUGCGCCUGCGCGUCGAGCCCUACCUCGCGAGUCUGGCGGCGGAUCGUGGCUGGCGCAGCUCCGGUCCCGGCCCUUCUACCCCUCCGCACCCUGCCGCCUCCUGACGCCGGGCGUGACGUCACCACGCCGGCGGCCGCCAUUACAGAGAGCAGAGCUUCGGGGCUAGAGCGAGUGGAGGAGGGCAGGGGCCGGUGGCCGAGCACAGAGGGGCGAGCCAGAGGGCCAGCGCUAGCGCCGAGCAACCGCCAGUGCCCUCACAAAUACCCCGGGAACCGGCGGCGGCGUGUGCGUGUGGCCCGUGUGCGGGCGGCGGCGCGGGAGGAGCGCGGAGCGGCAGCCGGUUCGGGCGGGUGGCAUCAUGGACGAGAAGGUGUUCACCAAGGAGCUGGACCAGUGGAUCGAGCAGCUGAACGAGUGCAAGCAGCUGUCCGAGUCCCAGGUUAAGAGCCUCUGCGAGAAGGCUAAAGAAAUCCUGACAAAAGAAUCCAAUGUGCAAGAAGUUCGAUGUCCAGUCACUGUCUGUGGAGAUGUGCAUGGGCAAUUUCAUGAUCUCAUGGAACUGUUUAGAAUUGGUGGCAAAUCACCAGAUACAAAUUACUUGUUUAUGGGCGAUUAUGUUGACAGAGGAUAUUAUUCAGUGGAAACAGUUACUCUGCUUGUAGCUCUUAAGGUUCGUUACCGUGAACGUAUCACCAUUCUUCGAGGAAAUCAUGAGAGCAGACAGAUCACACAAGUAUAUGGUUUCUACGAUGAGUGUUUAAGGAAAUAUGGAAAUGCCAAUGUUUGGAAGUAUUUUACAGACCUUUUUGACUAUCUUCCUCUCACUGCCUUGGUGGAUGGGCAGAUCUUCUGUCUACAUGGUGGCCUCUCACCAUCCAUAGAUACACUGGAUCACAUCAGAGCACUUGAUCGCCUACAAGAAGUUCCCCAUGAGGGUCCAAUGUGUGACUUGCUGUGGUCAGAUCCAGAUGACCGUGGAGGUUGGGGUAUAUCUCCUCGAGGAGCUGGUUACACCUUUGGGCAGGAUAUUUCUGAGACAUUUAAUCAUGCCAAUGGCCUCACGUUGGUGUCUAGAGCUCAUCAGCUGGUGAUGGAGGGAUAUAACUGGUGCCAUGACCGAAAUGUAGUAACGAUUUUCAGUGCUCCAAACUAUUGUUAUCGUUGUGGUAACCAAGCUGCAAUCAUGGAACUUGAUGAUACUCUAAAAUACUCUUUCUUGCAGUUUGACCCAGCACCUCGCCGAGGCGAGCCACAUGUUACUCGUCGUACCCCAGACUACUUCCUGUAAUGAAAUUUUAAACUUGUACAGUAUUGCCAUGAACCAUAUAUUGACCUAAUGGAUAUGGGAAGAGCAACAGUAACUCCACAAGUGUCAGAGAAUAGUUAACAUUCAAAAAAACUUGUUUUCACACGGACCAAAAAGAUGUGCCAUAUAAAAAUACAAAGCCUGUCAUCAACAGCCGUGACCACGUUAGAAUGAACCAGUUCAUUGCAUGCUGAAGCGACAUUGUUGGUCAAGAAACCAGUUUCUGGCAUAGCGCUAUUUGUAGUUACUUUGCUUUCUCUGAGAGACUGCAGAUAAGAUGUAAACAUUAACACCUCGUGAAUACAAGUUAACUUCCAUUUAGCUAUAGCUUUACUCAGCAUGACUGUAGAUAAGAAUAGCAGCAAACAAUCAUUGGAGCUUAAUGAACAUUUUUAAAAAUAAGUACCAAGGCCUCCCCUCUACUUGUGAGUUUUAAAAUCGUUUUGUUUUUUUUCAGGGAUACCGUUUAAUUUAAUUGUAUGAUUUGUCUGCACUCAGUUUAUUUUCCCUUCUCAAAUCUCAGCCUCAUGUUGUUCUUUGUUACUGUCAGAACCUGGUGAGUUGUUUUGAAUGGAACUGUUUUUUUUUCUCCCUGCUGUAAGAUGAUGUUACUGCACAAGAGCACUGCAGUGUUUUUCAUAAUAAACUUGUGAACUAAGCUGAAAAAGUCAAAUUUUAAUUGUAUCAAUGGGCAAGACUGGUGCUGUUUAUUUAAAAGAUAACAUCAAUUGAUAACUUUUAGAAUCUGUAGAAUUCUAGGAAAAAAUAAAAAUCAAGGCCACAAC